ACCCUCACUUUCCCAAGCCCACCCCACCAGAAAGCCCUCUCUCUCUCCAAGUAUAUAGUUAGAUAGGAUACUAAUUGGUGUCCUCUAUCAUCUGGGUAUCACAUUUCUGGAAUAUUCAAGAAAAAGGUCAGACUCGGACUAGCUCUCUACCUUUCAAAUUCCAUUUCCUUGUUUCUAUUUGCAAUCCCUAGCUACCUUCUUUUCAUAUAUAUAUAUAUAUAUAUAAAUCCAAUUCCUUUUCUUUCUCUAACCCAUUCACGCUCUUGCUUCAGAAAACUACUUCAACUUCAAUUCAUCGAUCGAUCUAGACAUCCAUUUCAUCAUUUUGCACAAGAUCUACCAGCAAUUAACAAUCAGUUUUUCAUUCACUUCUUCAACCUGAUCCGAGGGCUGAAUACAACCGCGUGGGACAUAGCUGUGUGUGUCGUUCGGACAGUUGUGCUGAGGUCAAUUUUGUCAUACGGACAUUUAUUCAUCUUCCGUAGACUACGGACCUUCGCGCGUUUUAGAGGCUCGUGCUCUCACGCUCCACUUAAAUUAAGGUAAUAUUGCCAAACUUAUCCCUCAUUUUUUGGGCCCAGGUGUGAGUAUCCACUUACAAAUUUUACCAAGUGAGCAAAAUGGCAUCAUCUUUGGCUAAGACACAUAAGAACAUGAAGAGAACAGAUUCAAAAAAGUCACAUUCCUGGUGGUGGGAUAGCCACAUCAGUCCCAAAAACUCCAAGUGGCUUGCAGAAAAUCUUGAGGAGAUGGACCAAAGUGUCAAACGGAUGUUGAAACUGAUUGAAGAGGAUGGAGACUCAUUUGCAAAAAAGGCUGAGAUGUACUACCAGAAGAGGCCAGAAUUGAUCUCUCAUGUUGAGGAAUUCUAUCGCAUAUACCGUUCACUGGCUGAGCGGUAUGAUAACGUGACAGGAGAAUUACGGAAGAAUAUCCCCUCAGAUCUCCAAUCCCAAGGCUCAGGCAUCUCUGACAUAGGUUCUGAACCAGCCUCCGCAUUGCCCUCACCUGAUCAAAGGCUAAGUCAUCGUAAAUCUGGUCCUCGAGCCGCUGGUUUUGAAUUCUUCCUUGGCUCUGGUGGAAGUAGUGCAGAGUUCAACAAAGAAGGGGAUGAAUCGUCUACGUUGGAUUCCGAAUCAGAAUCAGAUGAUUCCUCUGUUAAUAAUUAUUCGAGCAUAUCAGGUAAUGGUGAUGACCAAGGGUUGCGUAGGAAGAUUAUUGAAUUGGAGGUUGAGCUUCAUGACGUGAAAGAGAAGCUGCGGGUGCAAAAGGUGGAGAAUGCAGAUGGUUCUUCCAGGGGAACCAAAAAUGGGAUUUAUGAUGAGCUACUUGCUAAAAUUGGAGGAUAUGAUGAAGAGCUGAAGGUUGCCAAGGAAAAGAUUCGGUUUUCAGAAGAAGAGAUUGCUAGGUUGAAGAUUGAGCUCCAAAAGUAUGAAGCCUUGAGACUGACCAACAGUUUGCAGGCUGAGCUGGAUACAAGCCACAAAGAUAUAAAGACUUUGGGAGCCAAUGUGGAAGUGGAAAAACAAGCAGCGACAGAGCUUGAAGACAGGAUUGAUGGAAUGGAAGCAGAAUUUUCAAAACCAGAAGGCAAUAAUCAUACACUCGAGGAAGAGCUGAAAAUGACAAAAGAGAAACUUAGGGGUACAGAGAAAGAAGUGGCAAAUCUGAAACAUGAACUUGAGAGCAAUGGCUCGACUAUCCGGCGUUUGCAGGAUCAACUUAAAUUAGCUCAAAAAGAUGUUGCUAUAUGGAAAGUGAAGCUUGAUAAAGAUAAAAAAGAGGUUUCAAAGUUACAGGACAGAAUCGUGAGGUACAAAGCCAAUUUGUUAGACCGCGAUCAAGAGAUUAGGGCAAUGAGGGAGACAAUUUCCAAUGCCAACCAGACCUUAUCUGAUGAAAACUCGCAGCUUCAGGCCGAAAUUUCUAAAUUCUUGAAAAAACAAACUUAUUUGGAGGAUAAUCUCAAAGAGUGGGAACUGCGUUGCCAAUCGUUAGAGGAGGAGAUAAGACGAAUCAAGGCUGGAAAAGCAGAAAUGGAAGGUCUGCUUGGAGCCGAGAUUGAGCAGCUAAAAGCAAGCAUUGCCGAGAGAGAUGAACAUGUGGAAGAGUUGAAAUUGAAGUGUGACUUGCUGAUGGUAGAAAAAGAUGAGUUUGAUGCUAAAAUUCUUGCACAUGUCGCGGAAGUGACCUCUAGGGAUGGCCAGAUUGAUCAAAUGAACAAGCAUCUACACCAACUACAUAUGGAACAUGUUGAGUUGAUUGCCGGAGCUGAAAAGGCACGUAAACUGGUAGAAGAACUGAGAUCAAGAGUUGAGGAACUCGAGAAAGAGGUCGAGGGGCAAAGAGUUGUGAUUUUGGAAGGUGCAGAGGAGAAAAGGGAGGCAAUACGACAACUGUGUUUCUCAAUCGAGCAUUACAGAGAUGGGUAUCAUCAGCUUCGGCAGGCUUUCAUAGGGCACAAGAGACUUCCAAUUAUGGCAUCAUAAGCUAUACGGUCUGGUUUUGGACAUUUUCAUCUUCUUUUGUAACACACUGAGGUUUUGUUUUGCUGUUCAUGGCCUCCUGGACUUGAUGGUUGUUUUGUUUCUCACAAGUCCAGAAGCAUAAUAUUAUUCAGCCAUCUUACAUUCAAACUUCAAAGUCUUCAAUAACUGUGGACUUGCCUAAAAUGUUUCUAUUUUAAUAUUGUUUGUGGAUGAUAUAAAAUUUAAAUUAAUAAGCUUUUGAUAAAAA